GGCCGCGGGGAGAGCGGCAUUUACAGCUACAUCCAUGAAAUACCUAUUUAAACCGCAGCCCGGGCUGGUGGCACACGGGCCGCGUGCGGCUGCUGCCGCUGCCGAGAAGGGAGGAGGGGGCUGGAAUUAAAAUAAGGCACGAAGCGGUUUUAAAAAUAGCGUGCGGGCUGCGCGGGGCGGGGCGGCGGCAGCGCGGCCCCGGGGCGGCCCGGCCGGGAGUUCCUGGGCGCCUUGUAUGGAGCGCGGCCGCCGCAGGGCCCGGCGCCCGCCCCCGCGGCUCGCCCCGACUUUCCCCGCUGCCGGCAGGGAAGGCAGGAGCCGGCAGCGAUCCGCCCGUCUCCAACUCUGCCGCCUGCUUCCCUCCUCUUCUUCCAGGAGCCGCCACCCCGCCUGCCUCUCUCCUCGUCUUUCUGCUCUGCAAUCAGUGGAAUAAAUCAGGGAAGGACGCGCGCACACACACGCAGAGUGGGAUCUGUUACAAAAGUAGCGCCGAUGGCGGCGGAUCGGAUGAAGCUGGAGCUGCUGCUGGAGUAGCAGAGAGUGGAGUAUCUCUCGCUCGCUCUCUUUUCUCUGUUUCGCCUCUUCUCCCACUCCACCCACAGAUCUCCAUCGUUUUUUCUCCUCCUCCUCCUUCCCACCCUCGGCCGCGCUCCCGCUUUUCCGCGCAUCUCUGGGCUGCGCCUCCUGCGAGGGGGCGGGUGGGGGGAGCGGAGGAGGCUUUAAAGAACCACGGCCCCCCCCGCACCGCCACACACGAUAAUUGAAUUUAUUAUUAUUGCCGUCUCGCCGACUUGGGGAAGGGGGAUCGAUCUUCGAUCAGGAAGAUGGCUGCUGGCUGGCUGCUGCUCUUUAGCCUGACACUUUUCCACUCCGUGGUGAUGAACCACUCCUCGGAGGGACCCUUCCCCUCGGCCACCACGAUAAAAGCAUGGGUGGAUAAGAUGCAAGAAGAUCUCGUGACGCUCGCACGAACUGCAAGCGGAGUGGACCGGCUUGCUGAAAUUUAUUUGAAAAAUGCAGCAAUGUAUACUGUAGAAGCAAACAACCCUCGUCAGCUAGUGGAAAUUGCAGCCAGAGACAUUGAAAAACUUCUAAGUAACAGGUCUAAAGCCUUGGUGCGCCUUGCUAAAGAAGCAGAGAAGUACCAGGCAUCACAUCAAUGGAGGGAUGAGUUUGGGAAUAAUGAUAUAAUCUAUUACAAUGCAAAAGACGAUCAGAAUGACCCUGAAAAGAAUGAAACUGAAUCUGGCAGCCAGAGAAUCAGACCAGUAUUUGAAGACGAUCCUGUUUUCCGACGGCAAACAUCUUACCAACAUGCAGCAGUCCACAUACCAACAGAUAUUUAUGAAGGCUCAACAAUCGUGUUAAAUGAACUCAACUGGACGGCAGCGCUGGAUGAUGUGUUCAAGAGGAACAGGGAGGAGGACCCCACGUUAUUAUGGCAGGUUUUUGGCAGUGCCACUGGCCUCGCAAGGUAUUACCCAGCUUCCCCAUGGGUAGAUAAAAGUCGAACUCCUAACAAAAUAGAUCUGUAUGAUGUACGUAGAAGACCAUGGUAUAUUCAAGGAGCAGCAUCACCUAAAGACAUGCUUAUUUUAGUGGAUGCGAGUGGGAGUGUCAGUGGGUUGACAUUGAAGCUGAUCCGCACGUCGGUCAUUGAGAUGUUGGAGACCUUGUCUGACGAUGACUUUGUGAAUGUAGUUUCAUUCAAUAAUAAUGCUCAGAAUGUCAGUUGCUUUAAUCAUCUUGUCCAAGCUAAUGUGAGGAACAAGAAGAAACUGAAAGAAGCUGUUUAUAAAAUCUCUGCUAAAGGAAUUACGGAUUACAAAAAAGGCUUUAGCUAUGCUUUUGAACAGCUGCUAAAUCACAGUGUCUCCAGAGCUAACUGCAAUAAGAUUAUUAUGCUGUUUACAGAUGGUGGUGAAGAAAGAGCACAAGAAAUUUUCCACAAAUAUAAUGAAGACAAAAAAGUACGUGUGUUCACGUUUUCUGUUGGCCAACAUAAUUAUGACAAAGGACCCAUACAGUGGAUGGCCUGUGAAAAUAAAGGUUAUUAUUAUGAAAUCCCAUCUAUUGGAGCCAUAAGAAUAAACACCCAGGAGUAUCUGGAUGUUUUGGGAAGACCAAUGGUUUUAGCUGGAGAGCAAGCCAAACAAGUCCAAUGGACAAAUGUCUAUCUGGAUGCUCUGGAGCUGGGCCUUGUGAUUACAGGAACGCUGCCUGUCUUCAAUCUAACAAGGGAACAAAAUGGGAAAAUCAAUCAGCUGAUUCUUGGAGUAAUGGGGGUCGACGUCUCUUUGGAGGACAUUAAAAAACUGACGCCCCGAUUUACGCUUUGUCCAAAUGGAUACUAUUUUGCAAUUGAUCCUAAUGGGUAUGUGCUACUGCAUCCAAAUCUCCAACCAAAGAAUCCUAAAUCCCAGGAACCUGUUACGUUGGAUUUUCUAGAUGCUGAAUUGGAAAAUGAUAUUAAAGUUGAGAUUCGGAAAAAAAUGAUAGAUGGAGAAAGUGGAGAAAAAACAUUUGAAACACUGGUCAAGUCCCAAGAUGAGAGGUAUAUUGAUAAAGGAAACAGAACAUAUACAUGGACUGCUGUGAAUGGCACUGAUUACAGUUUGGCACUGGUGUUACCAUCAUACAGCUUUUAUUAUAUUAAAGCCAAAAUAGAUGAACCUAUAACUCAAGCCAGAUUGACAGCCAAAAAGGUUACGGAAUCACUGAAGUUUGAUCGUUUUGAUGAAACUGGCUAUACAUUUUUAGCUCCGAGAGAAUACUGUAACGAUGUAAAAAAAUCAGAAAACAACACCGAAUUCCUAUUAAAUCUCAAUGAAUUUAUUGACAGAAAUACUCCAACCAGUUCAUCAUGUAAUACUGACAUGAUCAUGAGACUUUUGCUGGAUGCAGGAUUUACAAUUGAACUUGUCCAAAAUUAUUGGAGUAAAUUGUCGCUCGAUGGAGUUGUUGCACAAUUUGUUGUUACAGAUGGUGGAAUUACUAGAGUGUUCCCCAAAAGGGCAGGAGAAGAUUGGUUGGAAAACGCUGAAACUUAUGAAGUCAGCUUCUAUAAGAGGAGUUUAGAUAAUGACAACUAUAUUUUCACAGCUCCAUACUACAACAAAAGUGGUGCCAAUAGCUAUGAAUCAGGUAUUAUGGUAAGCAAGGCUGUGGAAAUACAAGUUGAUGGGAAACUUCUGAAGCCAGCAGUUGUUGGAAUAAAAAUUGAUGCAACCAGCUGGAUGGAAAAUUUCACAAAAACUACAAUCAAGAGCCUGUGCAACAGUGAAAUCUGUGGCUGUGAAAGAAAUAGCAUGCAUGUAGACUGCGUUAUCCUUGAUGAUGGUGGAUUUCUUUUGAUGUCCAAUCGAGAUGAAUAUACACAACAGAUUGGAAGAUUCUUCGGUGAAAUUGAUCCUGGCCUGAUGCGAAACCUGAUUAACAUGUCCCUGUAUGCCUUUAACAAGUCUUAUGACUAUCAGUCAGUCUGUGAUCCCGAAGAAGAACCAAAGCAAGGAGCUGGACUUCGUUCUGCUUAUGUGCCUACAAUAACAGAUAUUUUGCAGCUUGGAUGGUGGGCUUCAGCAGCAGCCUGGUCUAUCUUACAGCAGCUGUUUUUGAGCUUGACUUUUCCACGGUUCCUUGAAGCAGCUGAUAUGGAAGAUGAUGAUUUCGGUGCUGCCCUGCCUAAAACAAGCUGUAUCACUGAGCAAACUCAAUAUUUCUUUGAAAACAAUGAUAAAUCCUUUGGUGGGAUUGUAGACUGUAUAAACUGCUCCAGACUUUAUCAUGCAGAGAAGAUUUCAAACACCAAUCUAGUGUUCAUUAUUAGUGACAGCCAACUGCUGUGCCGUUCUUGCGACCCAAAGCCACUGAUGCAAGCAGAGAAGCCGGAUGAAGGGCCAAAUCCAUGUGAAAUGGUCAAACAACCUAGAUACAGAAAGGGUCCUGAAAUCUGUUUUGAUGAAGCCAAACAGGAUCAGCCUAUAUGCACAACGAGUCGUGCCUCUGCCAUGAUGUCCGCUCCUAUCUUCAUUUUUCUGCAAGUUUUCAUGUGGUGUGGAUGGUCAGUUACUUUCUCUAAUUUUUUGUUUUGUUCGUGGCUUAAAAAAUUAGCAGACUUUUUUACUUACUGAACAUACAAAAGAAAACAGAAUAAAGCAAGUCCCAAAAGCAACAAUCUGGAGUAAAUUACUGCUGCAAUAUUAAGGGAAAUUAAAUAUGAAAAAAAAACUGUCUGGAGCCUUAUAAAUCACAAUUACUAAACAUGAGGGCCUCUGCCUUAGAACAUGCAAAACAAGGGAACCUGUUGGAUUGAUAUGGCUGGCUCUUUGAAAUUGCACAUGUACCAGCUGAGUCCGCAUCUUUCCCUUCUAAGCAUUUUUCCCUUGUCCUUGUUAAAAUUAACAGAAGAAGAAAGUUUUUUUCACAGAUAAAAAUAGAGAUACAAAGCGAGUAGAAGAGACAGCAUACCUGUGAAAAUAAAGCUUUAAUUAGGGGUGGAAAGGAUGAGUGUUAUGUGUGAGUGUUGCUUUUGAGAAGAGUAAGUUUUCACUGCAUUCAAAUAAGCACAACGGUUAAUGAUGGAAGAUAAUGGUGUACAUCACUUUGGUUAAACUAGGAAUUCAGUAAAAUAAUACUUCUUUACUUAAUUUUUGGUGACCUAAACACAUAAAUUGCCUGAUUACAGCAGAAGGUGAGGUUUUGCUUCUAAUUAACCAUGUAAGUUCCUGUAUAUUGACCAAGGGCAGACUCUGGGGUUUCUGAACUAAAGCCUUGGCAAUUAGGCAGUGUUUCAUUUGAUGGUGUGGGACUGCAUCCUGAGUCACUGUGCAAGUGACCUGUCGGCAAGAGAACUGCUGAGCUAGAGAGCAAAAAACGUCUGAAGGGGGUUGUGAUCAACAUUGUUCUGAAAACCACUAGAGGGAGAUACUCACAUAUCUAUCAAGUAAAGCAAACUGAGGCAGAACCGAAAGCUUGCGGGCAUUUUUCAGAGUUAGUGUAAUGAAAUAUUGAAAAUUAAUGAAAUAUUGAAAUUAACUGAAAUUUAGAACAGUCAUUUUCACAGUAAUUUACAUUUUUCUCUAUACUUAAGGAAAGUUUCAACUAAUAUAUCUUGAACAUAAAUGAAAAAAACUUUAAAUUCUCUUUAACAGUUUAGUUUUUGAGUAAUUUUGAAGUUUCUUAUUCUGUAUUUAAAUGAUGUAGUUUCUUGCAAACCUAGGAAUUUGCACAGCCAUGGCAAAAGGUUGUAGGGAAAGGUGAAAGGCCCUUCUUUAAGCCAGCAGUAUUUCACAUUAAAAUCUGGAUUAGCAUCUCAUGUUCUUGCUCAUGCAAUUUGCUCUGCACAUAGCUUCCUUUAAUUAAAAAACUACUGUCCAAUGUACAUAAAGCAGCAGAGACUCACCUUGAACUCUGUUCUUUAUGCCCAAAAUGUGCUUUCUACUUAAGGCGGGAAGCACCCAGAAUAUAAUUUUAGCUGAUAAGCUUUUGGCAGCAGAAAGUUAUAAAGGUAAUUUUGUUCAUCCAUCUUGUUUUUAAUAACUUUGUGAUUUUGGAAACGGGUUCUCUCUGGACAUUAAUCUGUGUAGUUAUAUUAAAAUCACUGAAGCCAACACAGAUACAAUCCAGCUGAUCAGGUUCACUAACCUGACAGGUUUUUUUUACUUUUCAUCAAAGAUAACAAAAUAGUUAUUAUCACUGCCUCAAAUGACUUGCUCUUUGUACAUGCACAAUGGUUUUGUUUGCCAUGCCUGAGAAUAAAGAAAAUAAAUGUACAAAUUUACAGCCCCCACUGAGAAUGUUUUACUUCCAUCACUUCCAGGUAUGUCAGUGGCAGCUUUGAGGGUGAUUAGCGGUCCUGGCAAGUGGAUACAUCCCAAUGGAAUUGCUGUGUCCCCAGUCUGUGCAUGGGGAGCUGUACACUUUUGACAGCUUUGUCUGGUAGUCCAGACAAAGGAGGAUAACCCAAAAUUUGUGAAUGGCCAUUCAUUGAAACUGGAAAUUACUCGAGUAGAAGAAAGGUGUUCACAAUGUAGUAUGAAACAUUUAAAAUACAUGUUAUAAAAGGUAUAACUGAGGUAAUCCAUGGGUAUCAAGGGCCACAUCAGAAGAUCUUUGGGCAGAUGUUGUUUUACCCUUUUGUAAGUCAGAGUAGCACAGUGGGUGUGGAUGAAUUAUUAUCAUUUAAAAACAAAGUUUUGGUACAUUAAAUAGUUGUAGUGCACUUCUAGAGGAGUAACAAGUAUGUUUAUAGCCUUAGUGUAUAUAUGUAUAUAUGUAUUUCUAGUUCCAAGUGUAUUUUUAAAACAUUGGACUGGCAGUGUUUUCAAGGAAAUGCUGAUGUAUAGCAAUGAGAAUGUUGUUUUGAUACAUAAAAAUGAAGGUAUUGUUUUAUAAAAGUAUUUAUUUCCAUUCUGAAAGUGCUAAAUAAUUUUCAUAGCAUGUGAUGCUGUAGAACAGCCUUACCUAGAGUUGUGCUAGUAAGGCAUAACAUGAAGAAGAUGACAUUUGGAUUUGACACUUCUCUACCUCAAGUAUGCAAGAAAAUUUGAUGUAAUGAAUGCAAGAAAUUUUCCAUACACUUCUGGUCAAAUGAAAGCAGCCUGCAACAAUUCUUUCCAAUUUCUUUUACAAGUGUCUCUCUCUUCAAAGAGAAUUUAUACACAGACAUAAUUUUGAAGACAACAAAGAGAGGACAUCCCCAGCUGAUUUGUUAUUCAGGAUUUGUGUGAUUAAUGUCAUGGGCUGGAAAAUUUCAGUGAAACUGCUUAAAAAUAGUUCAGUGUCUAAUUGCACUAGAAGAGGUAAAGAUAAGAUAAUGUAAAGAGAAGAUAAAACAAUGUUCUAUAUCUUUGUUAUAAGAUACUUUAGAAGAACUCUCAAAAAUAACAUUAACAUGAAACAGCUGAAAAGUUUUCUUAAAGCCCAAGAAAUAGGGAAGUGUUUUUAAAAAAGGCAUUUUUAAGACCAUUCAAAACUGACAUCCUUCUCAAUCUGAUUGUAAAUUGGGGAUGGAAUCCCACUUAUUUCAAUGGGGCUGUUGAUUGUUUAAAUUUAUGUAAAUAAACACAAUCAGAUUUUCUCCUCUAUUUUUUAUUUUAUAUUUUCGCACUUCCUGUAGUUUCGACAACAGUUAGAGCACAGAACAAAAUUACAGUGUGAAAUUCUGUGGCGAAAAAAAUUAAUUUAGAUAGGAUUUACUGUACCUUCUUUGCCACUACUAUUUUUGUUUUAGCUUCGAAUACAGAAGAAUUAACUGAUUCCAGAAACAAUAUUUAGAAGUUGUUCUUGUCAGGACUGCUGGUUUACCACUGCAAAUUGGUCCACAAACCUCAGAAAUUUGAUGUGGCUUUGAUCAAUAUGAGGUUAAAAUCUCACUAAGCUUGAAAUGCGUGUAUAAACCUUGUAUACAUUUGUGUAGUGGAGUUUGAUGCUGUCGUUCAUAAUAAAAUGAUGCUUAUACUGCAUGAGGCUUCCAAGAUAUUCUCUACUGCUGUGAAUUGUGAAUCCUUUAAAAACUUCUCUGUGUAGUCUUAGGGAGAGGGGAAAAGAUACUAAAAUGCUUCGUUUCGACCCAAUAGGAAUAUUACAUUGUAUGACUGAUGAAUGUAAGAGCGGUUGAGAAAUUGUGGUGUGGUUAAAAAGAUCUCAUAGAGCAAAUAGAAAUGGACAACAGAAUGGAGGGUGUUUUCAAAAAUUGUGGCGGUAGGAUUAAUUUAUCAACAUAAUUUGCAAUAUUUGGUCUAAUGCAAGAUGACGUAAGCUGAGUCUGUAUAACUCUAUAUGUGGAGGCCUACUUGCUUUCUAUUUGUACUGGAUGCCAUUUUUACUAUAAAGGUAUUUUCUCUUCAUGUUAUGCACAAUUUUGUUUAAGACCUUCUGUUUACUACUUAUACUCUCCAGACAACUCCAGUCUGCUGGAAAUUUUAAAUCUCCUGCUUUGCUUUCAACUCUUUCUUCAAAGAUGACUCUUCUAAGUAAUUUCAGUGAUAAGAAUAAUAAAUACAAAGUGGUAACACUGUGUACCAUUCACUGAAUUCAUGUGAGAGGAAACCUUUACUCAUAAUUCUGUUUUUAAUGGUAGUCACUGUGAGGAAGAAGCAACAGGGUUAUUUUUAAGUGCUUUAAAUAGAAAUAAAGCUGCAUGACAAGACACAAUGCAGAUGCAAAUAGUGAGCAAGCCAAACUAAAUAAACCACAAUGUUCAGUGCAUCUUGAAAUCUUAGCAUCCUAGUCCAAAACUGGUGUAGCAGAGUUCACUUAGACUUCUUGUUGACCAGAAACCUUAAGAAUUUUGAACUUGUAGAGUGCAAUCAACCAAAAAGAAACAAAACUAAAAACCCAACCAAACCAAUAACAAUCAAAAAACAAACAAAACGAAAAAAAGGCCGAAGUCAAAACUAUACUAAUUAAGUAUAAAGCUAACACAUGACAGAGAUAUGUCUGGAAAAAGCUACUGUUAAUACAGAAUGGCAGCCAACAUAAGGUAUUUGCUUUAGGACAAAAUGAAUUUUUACUUCUUUGUAAGGAAAUUUAAUGCUGAUUUUUGGGGUUUUUUGGGCUUGGGAUUGUUGGGGUUUGUUGCGUCCAAGUUUCUAAUGGAGACUGUUGGUGGAUGCUAUAAUUCCUGAUAAUGUACUGAGUCUAUUUUGCCUGCUUUAUCUGAUUUUCCGUAUUUUUCCCAAACUGUUUUGGAAACCUACCAGCUUUAAAGAAUGUAUUGUAUGCAGAAUAAAUAGCAUGAAAAUUCUCACCCAUUAAAGCUGGUAUAAAGAACUCAUUCAAGGCCCUGUAAUUUCAAAAUUCUGUCUUUACACCUCUGUUACAAAGGAGUUGCCCUAACAUCAUAUUUAACAUUGUGCUUUUAAUUUAGUCUAAAAUUCCUAUUGUUAUUUCAGUGUAUUCUGCAAGAAGGUUACAAAAAACACUUUAUCCCUCUCCCCAUCCCUCAUUUCCUGUUUAUAUCUGAUCUACCAUUUUUAUGUACUUUCUUCGUCUUGCCCAUUUGCGUAAACUUGAUGUCUUGCACUGCUAUUCUUACAAAGUUGGGAAGUUUUGCUUAAGGAAAGCAAAAUUUGUUUAAGAAAAUUUGCUAAUAAAUUAAAGGUUGUUUAAUGACUCUUUCUUAUUUAUCCUGAUUGUACAUUUUAUGGACACAGACACACACAGAGCCACACACCCCAGCCUUUUCCAGUGUAUAUUAAUUGCAUAUGCUUCAGUGGUGUGUAAGUCUGAACCAGGAGCUUUUCCCUGCCUGUUGGCUUUCCUCUGCUUUCUGUUAUAUACAUAUAUAUUUUUUUUUUUCUGUCAUUUCUGUGCCAACAGCCAGUCUCUGUUACUGUUCAGAUUCAGUUGUCUGUCCUUCCCUGUACAUAUUGCUCCUGCUCAAGAACUUUCCCCGGUUGCUAAUAUACCUAAAUUCCUUUCCACCUACACUGUUUUCUUGCCUUUGGAGGUUUGCAAUCUUUUGGAAAAUGGAAAGUGUCUUUUUAUACCAUUUGUUCAGAAUACUGUGAAAACAAGAGAAAGACCAAAUAUUUUCAGCCUUCAGAGCUAUCCAUGAAUUUCAGAGUUCUCAGACAAAGUGGAGAGAGGAAAAUUUUCCUGGUGUUUUAGGUACUAAUCAGAGUUUAUAUCAGUCUUGAGAAACAAGGUCUAAGUUGUUACAGGCUCCAGAACAGCCUGUAACAACUUAGACCUUGUAUUUCAGCCAGAAUAAUGAACAGGUCCAUCAUGUGAAAGGUAUUAAACAUUAUAAGCAAAGUAGAACCAAAGAUCAAUUAAUGGUGGAGAGGAAUGAGGAAAAGUGGUGUGAUUGCUGUGUGACAUAAGGAAUAAUUACUGAAGCGUGACAGCAGUGCAGCCCAGAGAUAGCUUGAAACUUCAUCAAGUAGUGCAAUAGAAAAUUUCCUUCUCGUACUUGAGUAGAGCACCAGAGGCAGAGAAAGGAUUUUCAUUCUCUUUGAUCACAUCCUCACCUGCAGACCAUAUUCAUUUUAUUGUGUGAUCAUUUGAUGAAAUGGACAUAAUAAUAUUUUGGUAUUUGUUUUCUAAAUGUGAAAAGUUAUCUGUUCUUCUAUAUUUUCCCACAAUAAAUCCAUACUCAGAAUAUUAAAAUGAAUGCAGUUUUAAGGAAUAUAGAUGGUGUUUGCUGAGGCCCCCAGGUAUAUUCCAUGGCAUUUCUUGGUUUAUGGUGUAAGUAUCCCAUCUAGUUCAUAAGUUUGUGCUGUAAACCUUGAAAGUAUUUAAUCCUCCCAAGUUUAUAGCUAAAGUAAUAAUGCCAUUCUUUGUAUCAAAACCCAGAGGAACUUCCAGGAAUUAUUUUAUUGUUAUUUUAGCAAAAUAUCAUAUAUAAGACCAAAAAGGAUGCCUCAGUGAUAGUUCAAUAUGUUGAAAACUAAGCUGUAGGUUACUUCUCAAGCAGCUUCCCUGUAAUUAAUAUUAAAUGAUUUCUUCU